AUGUCUACCGCUACAACCGUCUCGAAGACCAACAUUGGUGUCUAUACCAACCCCAAGCAUGACCUGUGGAUUGCCGAGACGACCCCCAAAGUAGAGGAUGUCCAGAGCGGCCAGGGCCUCAAGCCCGGCGAGGUGACGAUCGAGGUGCGCAGCACUGGCAUUUGCGGAUCCGAUGUGCACUUCUGGCACGCGGGCUGCAUCGGCCCUAUGAUUGUCACCGGCGACCACAUCCUCGGCCACGAAUCGGCCGGUCAGAUCGUCGCGGUCGCGCCCGAUGUGACCUCUCUCAAGCCCGGCGACCGUGUCGCAAUCGAACCCAACGUCAUCUGCAACGCCUGCGAGCCCUGCCUGACGGGCCGCUACAACGGCUGCGAGCGCGUCGCAUUCCUAUCCACCCCACCUGUAGACGGCCUUCUGCGCCGCUAUGUCACUCACCCGGCCAUCUGGUGCCAUAAGAUCGGCGACAUGAGCUAUGAGAAUGGGGCUCUGCUGGAGCCUCUCAGUGUGACUCUGGCGGCCGUCGAGCGCAGCGGGCUGCGCCUGGGCGACCCCCUGCUCAUCACCGGUGCGGGUCCCAUCGGUCUAAUCUCGCUGCUCAGCGCGCGCGCCGCCGGUGCAUGCCCCAUUGUCAUCACCGACAUUGACGAGGGCCGCCUGGCCUUUGCCAAGUCUCUGGCCCCCGAGGUGCGCACCUACAAGGUGCAGAUAGGCCUCUCGGCCGAGGAGUCUGCGGCGGGGAUCAUCAACGCCCUGAACGACGGCAAGGGCUCUGGCCCGGAUGCCCUGCGCCCCAAGCUGUGCCUGGAGUGCACCGGUGUCGAGAGCAGUGUCAACUCGGCCAUCUGGAGCAUGAAAUUUGGCGGCAAGGUGUUUGUGAUCGGUGUCGGCAAGAACGAGAUGACGAUCCCCUUCAUGCGCCUCAGCACCCAGGAGAUCGACUUGCAGUACCAGUACCGCUACUGCAACACCUGGCCGCGUGCCAUCCGCCUGGUGCAAAAUGGCGUGAUUGACCUGCGCAAGUUGGUGACCCACCGCUUCGCGCUCGAGGAUGCCCUCAAGGCCUUUGAGACCGCUGCCAACCCGAAAACCGGCGCCAUCAAGGUGCAGAUUAUGAGCUCGGAGGAGGAUGUCCAGAAGGCUUCGGCUGGUCAGAAGAUCUAA